AUGCAAAGCUUCAAAGCAGCAGCUGCUCCUCUUAGUACUGCUAUUCCUCACCCUGAAAUGUACUGCUACUCUUCCUUCCUUCUCCGAGGAGGAGAAGAUAUUAGUAGCAGAAACCAGACGCGUUUUGCGGAUCUUGGAGAGCUUCAUCAACCAGCUCCUGUUUUUCCUCACGAUGAUGCUGUUGAUUUAAGCUCAAGCUCCAUGUUCAGUCAAAAAUCAGGCAAUGUCACUGUUGUGUCCCAUAACUUACCUUAUGCUACUGCCUUGAACACGAAUAUUGGGUCAGCAGAGAUAGCAACAGCUGGAGCAGGGUGUUUGGACACAGGGCAAUACAUGUACCAGAAGGAGACAGGGUUUGGUUCGUCUUUGGGAAACGGGCAGAGUAUUGAGAAUUGGGGAGACUCAGGGAUGGCAGAUAAUAGCCAACAGACUGACAGCUCAACAGAUGUCGAUACUGAUGAUAAAAACCAGCUUUAUGGAGUUCAGCAUGGUGCAGUUGUGGUUGUGGAUUCUAUGGAUCAAUCCAAGGGAAGAACUGGUGACCAAAAGACUCUUCGAAGGCUGGCUCAGAAUCGUGAAGCUGCAAGGAAGAGUCGACUUAGAAAGAAAGCAUAUGUCCAGCAGCUCGAGAAUAGUCGACUCAGGCUUACACAACUAGAGCAAGAGCUUCAACGAGCACGCCAGCAGGGAUUUUUAAUUGCAUCUGGAUUUUCUGGGGAUCAUGGCCAUUCAAUAGCAGGAAAUGAGGCCUUUGCGUUUGACUUGGACUAUUCACGCUGGCUGGAUGAACAUCAUCGGCUGAUCAAUGAUUUAAGAUCAGCCAUGAAUUCUCAUAUGAGUGAUGAUGAGUUACGGCUUCUCGUUGAUGGUGUAAUAGCACACUACGAUGAAAUAUUCCGACUGAAGAGCAUUGGUGCAAAAGCUGAUGUAUUUCAUAUGCUUUCGGGCAUGUGGAAGACACCUGCAGAAAGAUGCUUCAUGUGGUUAGGUGGAUUUCGUUCUUCUGAACUUCUCAAGAUUCUUGGGAACCAUCUUGAACCGUUGACAGAUCAACAGUUGAUGGGCAUAUGCAAUCUGCAGCAGUCAUCCCAACAGGCUGAAGAUGCCUUGUCUCAAGGGAUGGAAGCUUUGCAGCAAUCGCUUGUAGACACACUGUCAUCCACCUCUCUAGGCCCUGCUGGUUCUGGAAAUGUUGCUGACUACAUGGGCCAAAUGGCAAUUGCCAUGGGGAAGCUUGCAAUGAUAGAGAACUUCCUUCACCAAGCUGACCUAUUAAGGCAACAAACUUUGCAACAAAUGCAUCGAAUUUUGACGACUCGUCAGGCUGCUCGUGCCCUUCUUGUUAUCAGUGACUACACUUCACGUCUCCGGGCACUGAGCUCUUUAUGGUUAGCACGCCCCAGAGACUGA